UUCACCCAUCUAUUCUUCUUACAUAUCACAAAACAACAUCACUCUCACAAACGGAAACUAAACUACGUUUUUUAUUUUUUCCAGACAAUAAUACUUUAAUAUUUGAGUGUGAUCGAUGGCAUACCCAAACCCUUAUCCGGCUCAGCCCUAUCCCUCCGCCUCCGCGCCGAUGCCGGCGGUUCCCUCCGCCGUGAUCGGCCCCCAGUUCUGCGCGCCGUACCCGGUGGAUCUGGCGGUGGUGAAGAAGGUGAUGACCAUCUCUGACAACUUCGUUGUCACCGACGUCAACGGCAACAUCGUAUUCAAAGUUAAGGGAUCGCUCGCGACCCUCCGUGACCGCCGCGUCCUCCUCGACGCCGCCGGCAACCCCCUCGUCACCCUUCGCCGGAAGAUAAUGACGGCACAUGAUCGAUGGCAAGCUUUUAGGGGUGAAAGCACAGAUGCCAAAGAUCUAAUCUUUACUCUGAAGCGGUCGUCCCUUAUCCAGUUUAAGACCAAAUUACAUGUGUUUUUGGCCAAUAACACCAAAGAAGAUGUUUGUGACUUUAAGGUCAAAGGUAGUUGGUUGGAACGAUCCUGCGUUGUUUAUGCUGGUGAAUCUAACAACAUCGUUGCCCAGAUGCAUAAAAAGCACACGGUUCAGAGUAUUUUGAUUGGGAAAGACCAUUUCAUGGUCACGGUUUAUCCCAACAUUGAUUAUGCGUUCAUAGUGGCGCUAAUCGUGAUUCUUGACGAGAUUAACGACGAUGAGAAGGAAGAUUAGAGGAAAGCUAUACAUUCAGCGAAUCUUUUUGUUUGUUUAGGUGUUUCGUCUUUCUAAUUUAUGAGUGAAUAAAAAUAUUUAAAUUCGAGCUGCAUUCAUUUUUAAUUUUUUAUGUUUGGUACCAUCUUAAUUAAGAUCCUAGGUUAUUCUGUA